AGGAGAGGACGCACUUUUUUGGGGGGACUAUCCGAACAACACGCAAGAGGGACAUUCGUGGAUUUGGCGCGCAGCCUUUAAUGCUGCGCGUAUUGCUGGUGCGUAAAGUUCCUGUGCGUAAACGUUCCAUUCCGCAGAACUGUCACUGAGGUGCUUUUUAAACACGCUUUCAUGGCAGCACGGAGGCUCUGCGUGGAUGUACCGUUUGGAUUGACACCAUGAAGACAACUGGACUGGAGGUCUUCAAUUAAACCCAAACUUUCUGAUCCAGCAGCGGGGGAGGGAACUCAUUCAUUUUCAUUCCUGAUACGAAUCAGCGGAGUAUUCAUGAAUCAAUAUUUGAAUUAUUACAAAAUGAGGCUGAGAACAUCGAGGUUAGGUUAUCUGUUACUCCAGUUCACAGCACUUUGCUUUUACGCACAGAACACAGUGCAGUCUCCUCCUAAUUUCAAGCACCAUGUCACCGAGCAGAGCCGGCUGUCGGACCGGAUGAGCCGCCGGUUAACGCGGACCUACCAACUGUACAGCCGGACCAGCGGCAAACACGUGCAGGUGCUGUCCAACAAGAGGGUCAACGCCAACGGCGACGACGGGGCGGCCCACGCUAAACUAGAGGUGGAGACUGACUCUUUUGGGAGUCGUGUUCGCAUCAGAGGGGUGAAGACCGGAUACUACAUCUGUAUGAACAAGAGAGGGAAGCUGAUUGGAAAGAGGAAGGGAAGAGGCAAAGACUGCAUCUUUACCGAGAUUGUUCUGGAAAACAACUACACGGCGCUCCAGAACGCCAAAUACGAUGGCUGGUACAUGGCGUUCACGCGCAAGGGUCGUCCGAGGAAGGCCUCCAAAACCAAGCAGCACCAGCGAGAAGCCCACUUCAUGAAGCGGCUACCUCGGGGCCACCUGCUGAGCGAGCGACGUCCGUUCGACGCUCUCCCUCUCUCCGUCCUCCCUCUCAGCAAGAGGACUAAACAUUCCCAUCAGCAGCGCUCCGGGGGCCGCUGAGGGCGGACAAGGUGGACGAACCAUUACAUGGAGUGUGGACUGUUUGUUCUGGGUUCUAUGUCUAAUCUGGUAGUUAUUUCCAACUCAGUGAGAAGAUGUUAGAGGUUGCCAAUUUUCUCAUGAAAUUAGUGGGAAAUUGAAUUAAUAGCAAGACUUCUAAAGACUGUUUCAAGUACGAAGCUCGACGUGGCAGCUAUCUGAGUUUCAGUGGAUAUUCUAAUUCCCCUGAAAAAGGCAUUUUUGGAUAUUUUAUAACCACUUUUUUUUACAUAUAUGAAUAUAUUUUACUGUAAAAUAUGUAAAUUGCAUCAAAUCGAUAUUUAUUUUAGAGUGUAUAUUAAAACCACUAAAGAAUCCAUUCUAAAGCUUUUCUGUCAUGUUGUUUUGGAAUGGGAUGCUCGCAUACAAAAUGUUGU